AUGGAGGUCACUUGUGCCUUGGUGCAACAGCUGGCAAAGCCAGGUUGCACGAUUAUUGUGUUCCUGCCGGGCAUUGCAGACAUCACCCAGCUCUUCGAGUCCCUGGCGCCUUUGGACGAUGUGCGCUCCUUCGGACGGCCCGGCGUCGUGCGACGAUCCGACUGCCCCAGGCUUCGGAUCUUCGCCUUGCAUUCCAUGGUUCCUCGACAGGAACAGGAGGAAGUCUUCAACGAAGUGCCCAAGGACACAGGCCACGUGGUGCUCGCCAGCAACAUUGCUGAAAGCUCCUUGACUUUGCCUAGUGUUUGUGCAGUUGUGGAUCUGGCUCUCAGACGGACCGUGCAGUACGACACCCGUCGGCUGAUGUGCUGCUUGGUGACGACCUGGUGCUCCCAGAGUUCUUGCAAGCAGCGGCGAGGCCGAGCAGGACGGACAAUGCCGGGGCGCGCCCUCUGCCUCGUUCCUCGGCGCUUCUUUGAGUCAGAACUGCCUGCAUUCGACCCGCCCGAGAUGCUGAACGCACCUUUGACGAAGCUCUAUUUGCAGGCAAAGCAGCUCUGUUCGACUUUGUCUCGAGUUUCAGAUCGGGUUCAAUUGCCGCCCGAUGUCCACAUGGACAUCUCCUCCCCAAAGGCAUUGCUGAACGAGGUUGUGCAGCCGCCUUCGCUCAGCUUGCUGGACGCGGCCAUCCAAGAGCUGUCUGCGGUGGGCUGCCUGACAAUGCCGACGGAGGAGGCGGAGAUCACACCGCUGGGGCAAAUUGCCGUUGCACUGCCCUGCGAUCUUCGCAUUUGUCGCCUCCUGUUCCUCGGCUGCUUGUUCGGAUGCCCAACGGACGCGCUGGCCAUGGCGGCCGGGCUGACGGGUCCGGAUCCCUUCAGCACCCCCUCGCUCCUCGUUUUGAAGGACCAGAAAGAAUACGUGCAGAAGUUGGAGCGAUCAUUCGCUUCACGGCGGUGGUGCGAUCACGGGACGUUCUCUGAGCCGAUUAUGAUGCACUCACUUUUCAAGGAGUGGAUUCGUGCGGGCGCACCUCGAGGUGCCAAGGCACUCGGCUCGUUCGUCCGUGAUUGGCAGUGGUCUCAGCGGCCCAGAACGACAGCUCUUUUCUUUCAUCUCAUGUUUCUCGCAAGAAAGAAGGACCUAAGGACACAAUCCUCGCGACUCCUCUUUCCAGUUGCUGGGCGGGUGUGGGGUGGGUGCAGCACGGUCAGGUCCAUCAUUCCAAAGAAGUUUGAAUCGCUCACGGCAGAUGCGACCGAGCUGACAGUCGAGCCCUGGGAGCACUGA